CCCCCCGUGUGCCCCCCAGGAUCAUCCGGGGGCUGAUGCAGCACGUCAAGAGGCUCUACGGGAUCCGCAUGGUGGUCCGGGGGGCGCAGCACUUCCCCCCACGGCAGCCCUACGUGGUGGUCAGCAACCACCAGAGCUCGCUGGACCUGCUGGGGAUGAUGGAGGUGCUCCCAGACCGCUGUGUCCCCAUCGCCAAGCGCGAGCUGCUCUACAUGGGCGCCGUGGGCGUGGUCUGCUGGCUCGGGGGCAUCAUCUUCAUCGACCGCAAGAGAACGCACGACGCCAUCAGCGUCAUGGCCGAGGCUGCACACACCAUGCUCAGCCAGGACGUGCGGGUGUGGGUGUUCCCCGAGGGCACGCGCAACCACAGCGGCUCCAUGCUGCCCUUCAAGCGCGGCGCCUUCCACCUGGCCGUGCAGGCCCAGGUCCCCGUCGUCCCCAUCGUCAUCUCGUCCUACCAGCACUUCUACAGCAAACGGGAGCGCAGGUUCACCGCCGGGCAGUGCGUGAUCCAGGUGCUGCCGCCGCUGCCCACGCGGGGGCUGGGCCCGGCCGACGUCCCCGCGCUGACCGAGCGCGUCCGCGCCGCCAUGCUGGACGCCUUCGAGGCCCUGUCGGCCGAGCUGCGGCCUCGGGCCACGCCCGGUGACCCACGGCGUGACCCACGGAGUGACCCACGGAGUGACCCACGGGGUGACCAAAGGCGUGACCCACGGAGUGACCCACGGAGUGACCCACGGGGUGACCCACGGGGUGACCCACGGAGUGACCCACGGCGUGACCCAUGGGGUGACCCACGGAGUGACCCACGGAGUGACCCACGGGGUGACCCACGGGGUGACCCACAGAGUGACCCACGGGGUGACCCACGGGGUGACCAGAGGAGUGACCCACGGAGUGACCCACGGGGUGAUCACCGGAGUGACCCACGGAGUGACCCACGGGGUGACCCACGGGGUGACCCACGGAGUGACCCACGGGGUGACCAAUGGAGUGACCCACGGGGUGACCAGCGAGGUGACCAGCGGGGUGACCACCGGAGUGACCCAAGGGGUGACCCACGGGGUGACCCACGGAGUGACCCACGGAGUGACCCACGGGGUGACCCACGGAGUGACCCACGGGGUGACCAAAGGAGUGACCCACAGAGUGACCCACGGGGUGACCCAAGGGGUGACCCAAAGGGUGACCACCGCAGUGACCCACGGAGUGACCCACACAGCCCCACGGCCACCCCAAGUAACCACUGGAGUGACCCAAGGAGUGACCCAGAGAGUGACCGCCACAGCCCCACGGCCACCCAGAGUGACCCACAGAGUGACCGCCACAGCCCCACGGCCACCCAGAGUGACCCACAGAGUGACCACCACAGCCCCACGGCCACCCAGAGCGACCCCUGGAGUGACCAACACAGCCCCACGGCCACCCAGAGUGACCCACAGCGUCCGGCGGUGACCCGGAGUGACCCCCAGUGCCCCACGCCGCAGUGACCCCCGGCCCUGCAGCCCCAGGGUGGACCUGGCAGUGGGGCAGGGACUGACCCCCAAGUGGGGACAGACUGACCCCUGAGUGGGGACAAACUGACCCCUAAGUGGGGCCAAACUGACCCCUAAGUGGGGCCUGGACUGACCCCCAAGCGGGGCCCAAAGUGACCCCUGAGUGGGGACAAACUGACCCCUAAGUGGGGACAAACUGAGCCCUGAGUGGGGACAAACUGACCCCUAAGUGGGGACAAACUGACCCCCAACUGAGGCCACAGCUGACCCCCAAGUGGGGUCCGGACUGACCCUGAAGUGUGGCCUGGACUGACCCCUAAGUGGGGCCACAACUGACCCCUAAGUGGGGACAAACUGACCCCUGAGGGGGGACAAACUGACCCCUAAGUGGGGACAAACUGACCCCUGAGUGGGGCCCAAAGUGACCCUCAAGUGGGGACAAACUGACCACUCAGUGGGGACAAACUGACCCCUAAGUGGGGACAAACUGACCCCUGAGUGGGGCCCAAAGUGACCCUCAAGUGGGGACAAACUGACCCCCAACUGAGGCCACAGCUGACCCCCAAGUGGGGUCCAGACUGACCCUGAAGUGUGGCCUGGACUGACCCCUAAGUAGGGACAAACUGACCCCUGAGGGGGGACAAACUGACCCCUGGGUGGGGCCUGGCCUGACCCCCAGCUGAGGCCACAGCUGACCCCCAAGUGGGGCCCGGAGUGACCCCCAGGUGUGGCCUGGACUGACCCCGAGUGGGGCCCGGAGUGACCCCGGAGUGACCCCACAGCCGAGACUGCCCCACGGCCAGGGCGUGGCUGGGCGUGGCCAGCGCUGAUUGGCUGCUGCGGCCAAGCCCCGCCCCCUCGAUGCUGUGUAUUUAUUGGGGGGGGGGGGGGGGGGGCGUGGAUUUUGCCAAAUUUCCCUCCCGGCCCCGCUCGGGACCCCCCCAGCUU